AUGGAGUCGAAGGGUCUGCGAUUCAUGACCCAUCAAUCAAUUUUCACCAUGGUUGGAUCUGGAGACCUUGAUGGGUUGAAGAAGCUCUUAGAGCAACUCAAAAAGGAAGAUGAUGAUAAUAGUAAUAAUGGGUCAUCAUCAUCAUCGUCACCUAUGUCGGUUUCUGAUGUUAUGUCGCUUCAAAAUGAUCAUGGUGAAACACCACUUUACAUCGCCGCUGAACAUAAUCUGAAGCAAGUUUUCAACUUUUUGCUUCAAUUCUGUGAUUUUGAGAUUCUCAAGAUUCGUUCCAAGUCUGAUAUGAACGCUUUUCAUGUUGCUGCUAAGCGUGGCCAUUUGGAUAUUGUGAAGGAGAUUUUGAGUUCAUGGCCUGAGGUUUGUAAGUUGUGCGACUCGUCAAACACCAGCGCUUUAUAUUCUGCUGCAGUUCAAGACCACUUGGAUGUGGUGAACUCUAUUUUGGAUGUUGAUGUCAGCUCCAUGUUUAUAGUUAGAAAAAACGGGAAAACUGCGCUACACAAUGCUGUUAGGUACGGCGUCGAUCGUAUAGUGAAAGCACUUAUUGCCCGUGAUACAGGAAUUGUCGGCAUCAAAGAUAAAAAAGGUCAAACUGCGCUUCAUAUGGCAGUCAAAGGACAGAGUACAUCAGUGGUGGAGGAGAUAUUACAAGCUGAUCCAACAAUAUUGAAUGAGCGCGAUAAGAAGGGUAAUACAGCUCUUCACAUGGCUACGAGGAAAGGCCGAUCACAGAUAGUGAGCCUUUUGUUAAGCUAUUCGGCUGUGGAUGUUAAUGCCAUCAAUAAGCAACAAGAAACAGCUUUAGAUUUGGCAGAUAAACUUCCAUAUGGAUCUUCAGCUUUGGAAAUCCAAGAAGCACUUUCAGAAUAUGGUGCUAAAUAUGCAAGACAUGUUGGAAAGUUAGAUGAAGCAAUGGAACUUAAAAGAACUGUAAGUGAUAUAAAGCAUGAGGUGCAAUCACAGCUUAUUCAAAACGAAAAAACUCGCCGACGAGUUUCCGGUAUAGCUAAGGAAUUGAAGAAACUUCAUAGAGAAGCUGUUCAAAACACCAUUAACUCUGUCACGGUCGUUGCUGUCCUUUUCGCCUCAAUAGCAUUCUUGGCCAUAUUCAAUUUGCCAGGUCAAUAUAUCAUGACAGGACCAGAGACAGGAAAAUCUAACAUAGCCGAUCAUGUUGGAUUCCAAGUUUUCUGUCUCUUGAAUUCGACGUCUCUUUUCAUAUCUCUGGCUGUUGUUGUUGUUCAAAUCACUUUGGUUGCUUGGGAUACCAGGGCUCAAAGGCAAAUCGUGUCGGUCGUUAACAAGUUAAUGUGGGCUGCGUGUGCUUGCACGUGUGGCGCGUUCUUGGCUAUAGCUUUUGAGGUUGUUGGAAAGAAAAAAUGGAUGGCCAUCACCAUAACUGCUGUAGGGACACCUAUUCUAGUUGGGACUCUAGCAAGCAUGUGCUACUUUGUUUUCCGACAACAUUUUGGAAUUUUUCAGAGCGAUUCCCAGAGACGAAUCAAGCGAGCAAGUGGAAGCAAAUCUUUCUCCUGGUCUUACUCUGCAAAUAUAUCGGAUUUGGACGAAUACAAUUCAGACAUCGAGAAGAUCUAUGCUCUGUAA